AUGUCUGAAAUUCUCAGCGAUAAGAGAGACGCAUCUGGAAAAUGUAUGGCAACACAAAAACACCUGGUGAAGGAAAGUCCAGAGAUGCUGGCCAUCGCGACGUGGACUGGGCAAGUUCCGAGACGGCCUCCCCUGCCACCUGGUGCCAAGUUGUCGCAACUCAUGGCACUUGGCUCGCGAAGGGAUCCCGGCAGAGUCGUCUGGAUGCUCGCCAAGUCCGAUACUGAAAUGAGGUGA